ACAAAGUGGGCAAGAAUAUUUAUAAAAUCGAACAAAAAUAAAAUAAUGAAUAAGUGCAGUUUAUUGGUCCCAUCAGCAUGUCUGUCUUCUGGACCAAAGGGAACUGUGAUAGGCAUCGAUCUCGGAACGACAAAUUCAUGUGUGGCUGUAAUGGAAGGGAAACAACCAAAAAUUUUGGAGAAUUCUGAAGGUUGUCGCACAACUCCAUCGGUUGUUGCCUUUACAAGCGACGGUGAGAGACUUGUUGGCGCACCAGCCAAGCGUCAGGCCGUGACCAACUCAGCCAACACACUGUCAGCCACAAAGCGUCUAAUAGGGAGACGGUUCGAUGAUCCAGAAGUCCAAAAAGAUUUGAAGAACUGCUCCUUCAAAAUCAUCAAAGCAUCGAAUGGCGACGCUUGGGUUGAAGCUCAAGGCAAAGCUUAUUCCCCCAGUCAAAUUGGCGCAUUUGUUCUCAUGAAAAUGAAGGAGACGGCCGAAAAUUACUUGGGCUCCAAGGUGAAAAACGUGGUCAUCACUGUUCCCGCUUACUUUAAUGACUCGCAGCGACAGACCGAGUUGGAGAUAAAACGUACCAUUGCCGUUUAUGAUUUGGGCGGUGGCACCUUUGAUAUUUCUGUCUUGGAGAUCCAGAAGGGUGUAUUUGAAGUUAAAUCCACUAAUGGCGAUACAUUCUUGGGCGGUGAGGACUUCGAUAACGAGUUGCUGCGGUAUUUGGUGAAUGAGUUCAAGAAAGAGCAAGGUAUUGAUGUCACCAAAGAUCCAAUGGCACUGCAACGAGUAAAAGAAGCCGCGGAAAAAGCAAAAAUUGAGUUGUCAUCGUCUUUACAGACAGACAUUAAUUUGCCCUAUCUGACUAUGGAUAGUUCUGGACCCAAGCAUAUGCACAUGAAACUCACGCGAUCUAAACUUGAAUCCUUAGUCGAACACCUCAUCAAGCGAACUAUUGGUCCUUGUGAGAAAGCUCUUAAAGAUGCCGAUAUCAAACCCACAGAUCUCGGAGAUGUUAUCCUGGUUGGUGGGAUGACACGAAUGCCAAAGGUUCAAGAAACUGUAGAAAAGGUUUUCGGUAAAACCCCUAGCAGAAGUGUAAACCCAGAUGAGGCGGUUGCCAUGGGCGCAGCUAUUCAGGGAGGUGUGCUUGCUGGUGACGUCACGGAUGUUCUACUUCUAGACGUCACUCCACUGUCUUUGGGAAUCGAAACACUGGGCGGUGUAAUGACGAAGUUAAUCAACAGAAACACCACCAUUCCCACCAAGAAAUCACAAGUGUUCUCUACAGCGGCAGAUGGUCAAACGCAAGUGGAAAUCAAGGUUUAUCAAGGUGAACGGGAAAUGGCUAAUGACAACAAGCUUCUUGGUCAGUUUUCUCUGGUCGGCAUUCCUCCAGCCCCUCGUGGUGUUCCACAAAUUGAGGUCACUUUCGACAUAGACGCUAAUGGCAUUGUCAAUGUUUCAGCUCGGGAUAAGGGCACUGGUAAAGAGCAGCAAAUCGUCAUUCGCUCCAGUGGUGGACUGAGCAAAGAUGAUAUCGAAAAUAUGGUUCGUAACGCUGAACAGUACGCUGAAACUGACAAACGGCGGCGUGAGUUAGUCGAAGCGAUCAACCAGGCUGAAGGUAUUGUACACGAUACAGAAAGCAAAAUUUCUGAGUACAAAGAUCAGUUACCCGAGAACGAGCGGCAGCAAUUAUCUAAACAAAUUGAAGAACUCAAAACGAAGUUGAGCAAUAAAGAAAACGAAACUGCUGAAUCCAUUCGAUCAGCUACUAAUGAACUACAGCAGGCCUCACUCAAACUAUUCGAACUGGCCUACAAAAAGGUGAGUUUGAUUUAG